AUGCGUUUAGGAGGAGAAUCUGAACCCACUCGUCAACAUUAUUGGAGUCAAAUGGGUGAAAAAAAUCGGUAUAAUGCAGUCGGUGUAAAAGAUGAAGAAGCAUAUUUGGACAGCGGGUUUUCACGAAGCGAUUGGAAUCCGAAAAUUACAGUUGGCCAAAUUUUCUCUAGUAAGAAAACAUUGUUGACGGAGGUACGGUUGACGGCAUUAAGAGGCCACUUUGAAUUUAAGGUGCAAUUCUCUUGCACUAAGAGGUUGCUUGUGGUUUGUUCUCAACGUCCAUGCCCAUGGCGGGUCCAAGCAUCGAGAAUUGGAGAAUACAGCUUCAUGAUUGUGAGGUGUACAACUGUCCAUGAAUGUGAUUUGAGGUUUGUAAGUGACAAGCAUCGUCAAGCAACCGCAGCACUUGUAGCCAGUUCACUUAAAAGGAAGUUGAAGGAUUGUCGGACAAUAUACACACCAAGUGACAUUAUGAGAGAUGUGAAACACAACUUUGGUUGCACCAUCCAUUAUUCGAAAGCUUGGAAAGCAAGAGGGUUCCGUUCUUCCAUGCACCCAGUGAUAGCCGUGGAUGUCACUCAUUUAAAAUCCAAGUACAAGGGUGUUAUGUUUGUAGCAAAUGCAUUCGAUGGUAAUCGAAAUAUAUAUCCUCUUGCUUUUGGGAUCUGGGAUUUGGAGACGGAUGCAUCAUGGCAUUGGUUUUUCACUAAACUUCAUGAAGCCAUUUGUGAGUGUCCCAAUCUUGUUAUUAUUUCUAAUCGCAAUGUUAGCAUAGAGAAUGUGUGGAACAAAAUUUUUCCAACUGCACAACAUGGCAUAUGCUGUUAUCAUAUGAAGAAGAACAUGAAAUGCACUUGCAAGUUGAAAAAGCGUGAUCACAUACUUAUGCACUCUGAGCAGGCUGCGAAAUCUUAUUCCAUUGCUGAAUUUGAUUGUCAUUUUCGCAAGAUCAAGCGAAAGGAACAUGUUGCUCAAUAUCUUGAAGAGGCAGGGUUACAUAAGUGGUCUAGAGCUCACAUGGAUGGAUGCCGCUACAAUGUAAUGACAACAAAUAUUGCAAAGUCAAUCAACUUAGUCCUUAGGUUUGCAAGGAUGCUGCCAGUGGUUCAUUUGAUAGGGGAAAUUGUUAAUGUCCUUGUGAAAUGGUUCACCGAACGUCGUGAGUUGGCUUUGAAUUGCACAACAAAAUUGUGCCCCAAUUUUGGAGAGAAGAAGUUGAGGAACAGGUUGGAGGAUGCUGCAAGGAUGAAUGUGGUUAAAGUUAAUAAUGCACAGUUUAAUGUUUUGGACGGUGAUAUGGACGGCCUCGUAGAUUUGACGAACAACAGUUGUAGUUGUAGAAAGUUUCAGCUUGAGCAGCUACAUUGCAAGCAUGUAGUUGCAGUUCGCCGCUUCUUGAAAGUAAAUGUAUACUCAAAGGCUUCUCGGUAUUACACUCGGAAAACCUGGAUGGAUGCUUAUUCGGAUAGCAUCUACCCGGUACAACCUCACGGAAUGUGGGAUAUUCCUGAAGAUGUUCAAAGUCGAGUUGUGCUACCUCCCAUGGCAAGGGUCAUGCCAGGCAGACGAAAGAAGAUAAGAAUUCCUCGCAAGGAGAGGGCACCAUUAGAAGAAAGUGCUCAAGAUGCGAUUCCGCAGGCCACAAUAAAAGCACCUGUCAUGUAA